AUGCCCUGCUGCCUGAGAGCCCGCUUCCAUCUUCUCCGUGUCAACAAGCUCUGGACAGACAGAAGGACAGACAAAAAGUGCCCAGAGGGCAUCACGGGGAUCAUGAUCAUCUUGCCCACUCUCAGGACGCCCACGUUGGUUCACGCACACUUGAUCAGUGAGCAGCAGGCACAGGGCACCACGUUAGAACCUCAAACUUAUGUCACUCAGAGUAUGGAUAGCCAAACGGUGACAGCCGUCGUCGCACACCCCACCGCGCAGCUGCUUGCCGCCGCCACAGGCCUGUCUCCCGGCUCCGUGCACCAGGCCGCCCGCCCGUGCCGCCGCAGCCUUUACCGUCGCCGAGGACACCGAGGACACCGGCCUGCGCACACCGGGUGGCACCUCCCUCCUCCACCCCACUUCCCGGUGCUGAACCCACCACCGUACCUGGCACGCCCCAGGGCCCACCUGCCGCCCAGCUCGCCGCCGCAGGAGCGACUCCCAGCGAACUCCACCAAGCUCCCGUGCGGAGGCCGCCCAAAGCGCCCACCCCACCCGGCACCGCUGCGCGCCAGCGCCCAUCGGCGGGAUGGCGGCCCAGUGGGCUCGCCAGACGGUGCAGAAGCUGCAGGCGCGCCUGGCCACCCACGCCACGACCCUCGCGAGCUCCGCCAGUGCUUGGAGAGGCUCUCCGUCUUGCCCAUGACAGGGGACAUCCUGGCCGACACCGGCGUCCGAAAGACGGUGAGGGGCUUGCGCAAACACCAGCUCGUGGGCAGCUUGGCCAAGGAGCUGGCCGCCCGUUGGAAGAUCCUGGCUCUGCUGGAUCGCGAGGCGCGGCCUGAGCACCGGGUCGCUCCUGGCGAGCGCCCCGCAGAUGCUCUUCCUGGGCGGCGGCAGCACGGGGAAACGGACGCGCAGCGGGAGCUCGGGCCCCCUGGCAAGCGAGCUCCCAGUCCCGAGGGCGCGACAGAGCACGGGAGGAAGCGCCCCAGAGAGGCACCAGCUCCUUCCUCAGACUUCCUCAGGCUUCAGGCCCCUCGGGGGGGCUCCGCGGGGCCCCCUCAGGUGGCCCGGCACCCGUCCACAUCCCCGCGGGAGCCCGGACCCGCUGCUCCAGCGGACAUCUCUGCAGUAGGCGGAACCCAGGCCUCCCACGAAGGGCCCGGGCUCCGGCCACGCCCAAGCACCGAGAAAGAAUUCCAGGAGCCCGCCUCGUCUUUUCAGGCCUGCCUACACUAUGAGGAGCCCCCGAAGAAAAAGAAGGCGCCUGGCAAAACUUCUGCCACUUCUACACUGGCAGAGACACAGCCGACAAGAGGUGCCUCCCAAAGCGGCCCCCGAGACUCCGACUUGCUGGGGAAAUUACCUAAGGUGAAGGGACACGAGGAGCCCCAGAAGCCGCAGCCGGCCGAAGCCGAUGCGGCCAAGCUGGAGAAGGUGUCCAGCGCGGCCGCGGCGAUGCCGCCGCCGGCACUCCCCUUCCCCGGGCGCAGGCCAGCUGCAGUCCCCUUCCCGCCCUCCACGCCAGCUCCCCUUCCACGCACUGGGAGCGGCAGCGCCGUCUUGGCUCCACGAAGGGGAAGAGGAAGACCAAGACGGAGAGGAAGAUCGAGCGGCAGAGGCAGAGGAAGGACCCGAGCAAGGGGCCGCAUUUACUGGGGGAGUGUAUUCCAAGAUGCCCGUGUAUUCUGGCUCCAAGCGGGGCUCCUUCCGCCGCCGCCGCUGCCGCCGCCGCAGCCAGCAGGACAUGCGGGAAGAGACAGGGCUCCUGGAAUGCUCCUCGGAAGGAGCGGGAACCCCGACUGCCUUCCCGAGCCCGCCUGGGAGACCUGUAGUCCUGCUCAGCUCUGGCGCACGCAGAAAUCUCGCCACGUUCCGGUGGAACAGACAGACCGCUUGUGGAGAAGGCGUUGCAGCAAAGACUUUAAGGGGGAAACGCCGCGGGAGCGAGAGUCCUGGCGCGAGAUGUACCUGCGGCUUCGCGAGGCCCGAGAGCGGCGACUCCAGGCAGUGGCCGCCAGGAUCCAAUCUGCACAGGCCAAGAAGGCCCACGGCCGACAGACACAGAUGAUCCUCUUCAAUCCUCUGGCCCAGCCACCUGACCAGAUUGCCGGCAGCAGCUUCAGCGGUGCCAGCAGCGCCAGCGGGAAUCCAGGUGCUCAGAGACCAGCCUGUGCCUCUGGGAGCGCCGCAAGGGCUCCCGCUCCCGCUCCCUCCGUGCUGGCGGCCAACACCAGGAAAGCUACAGCCAAGAAAGCUGCCCCGCUCAUGGCCAAGACGCUUAGAGAUUACAAGCACUGCAAGAGCAGAUCCUACCGGCCAUGA